GAGUUCCUCGGUGGAAACAAUGAAAAUACAUAAGCUUUUCUAGAUUUUGUUUAGUGUUUAGUAUUUCAUGCGGUUUUUUUCUUUUUUCGUUUCCAAAAAAAAAAUUGUUAUUGUUAUAUUAUUUUGAAGGAAAAUCUCUCUUUUGUACUUUCUUCUUCUCUCCCCUUAUGUCCAUAGGAAGGGCUCUAAGCUGCUUUCCCCUGGUGGGGUUCUGUGUCUUGGGACCCAAUUGAUUGGAAAUUUGAAAGAGAAGGGACAAUAGAAACCACCCAUAUCUUCGUAUUUUCUCCUAAUUUCUCCUCACCCUUGCACUUGCAUGUUCUCCAAUUAGAAAGCCUUUAAUCUUCCGGGAUACUUGCAAUUUCUUACUGCAAAUACCACCAUUACCACACUAAUACCUUAGCUACCACAAGCAGUGCUACAUUGUUACUACCCUCACCAAGGCCCAAGCUAAGCUAGCUUAAUUAGACCUGUCCUUCUUAACAUGUCGGUCGUAUCUUGUCUUCUUCUGUUACUUUUAUGCCUUCCUUUGCAUGCACGUAGUGCCAGACGACUUGCUUCUGCUGAUCAGAACCUCCUCAAGAAAUUUCACAUCUCCAAUCAGAAUGAUGAGAAGAAAGUUUCAGUUGCACCAAUGGAGUCUUCUUCGUCAAAUGAACGUGCAAAAGCUGCAAAGGAAGAGAGCAUCCCAGAGACUCGGAGCUUAAUGUCAGAAGAGAAUGCAAAACAUUCAGGUUCUACUAAAAAAGAGUCCCUUGUUUCAGUUCCCUGGCGCGUGCCUCACAAUAAACAUGGAGCUAAAAAGCAUCCCGGUUUCAACUUGGACUACUCACCACCCAAGACACACCCACCUUCGCACAACUGAAUCAUAUGAUCCUUAAGAGUACUCUUACGUAUCAUCUGGAAAUUAAGUUUUCAUCAAGUAGAGAGUAAUGAAGAACUCAAAGGGUCUGUGUGACAACACCCCCAGGGUGCUAACGCUCACUGUCAGCGUACAUAUACACACACACACGCAGGUUCUCGUGGAUUAACGUACUACCAUGCCUCUGAUUGAUGUACAUCAAAAUGAUAUUUUACUUGGUUUAUGAACAAUCGAAAUAUACAGUCAAUUCUUCAUCUUCUAGUUUUUAUUACGAGUAGUAUCAUUAUUAAUUAAAUUUUAUCAUUUCCCCAUAAUUUUUACUAAU